AUGGCACCCACCGGGCUUUUGGAUUCCUUUUUGGCGGCUGUCCAAGCCAGUCUAUCGGUUCUGCUUGUUAUCUUCUAUGGCGGCGUUGCCGCUCAUCUAAAUCUGCUAAGUCCAGCGAAUACCAAAGCCAUUUCAAAAAUAUGUGUGCGCAUGUUCUUGCCCGCUCUUCUGAUUGUGCAAAUCGGUUCAGAGCUGCAUGCAGGAGCUGCCCAGCGUUAUCUGAUUAUUUUUAUCUGGGCUAUCGUCUGCCAUUUGAUUUCCUUCUUCAUUGGGAUAUUUGCACAUUUGGUCCUAGGGAUGCCAGAUUGGACUACGGUGGCUCUGAUGUUCAAUAACACCACUAGCUACCCUCUGCUACUGGUUGCCGCUUUGAAUGACACAGGCAUUCUGAAGUCGCUCAUUACUACGGACGAAACCACUAGAGCUGCUGUUGAGCGCGCGAAGUCCUAUUUCCUGGUGUUCGCGACCGUCUCAAGCUGUCUAACAUUUGCGGUUGGGCCAAGGCUUAUUGAUUCCGAGCAUGCCGCAGAAGAAUUUAAGGACCACGAUUCCGAAAGCGAUGACGAUCUGGAUGAUCCGAGCUCACAAUCAAGAGUGAACGAGGAAACUGGCCUCUUGAACGACCGCCCGUCAACAGUUCAAUUUGCGGACCCUUUUGCUCAGAAUUCCUUCUUCCCAUCAAGCCGAAAACAAUCUCAAGUGAGGGCGCAACCAGUACAGAAUCGAAGAGCAUCCAUCGUACCACGCAAACAUUGGAUAAGGCUUGGGCCACGUGCGAAAUGGUGGCUGCUGUUCAUCUCUGACUUCUUUAAUGCUCCUCUUUUAGGAGCAGCCAUCGGCACGGUCAUCGGUCUGGUGCCUUCUCUUCACCGAGCAUUCUUCAACAGUACCUAUGAGGGUGGCAUUUUCACUGCAUGGUUCACGUCAUCCUUGAAAAGCAUAGGUGGACUGUUCGUUCCGCUCCCAGUGGUCGUGGCAGGAGUAUCUCUAUACACCUCAUGGAACGAAGCGAGAAGAUCGAGUGAAAACAGGAAAUUGCCCUGGGUCACCGUCACAUUCAUACUCGCCGUGCGCUUCAUACUGUGGCCGAUAGCGUCGAUCGCGUUUAUCUACGCUCUAGCAUCUAGGACAGAUAUCCUUGGUGAAGACCCUAUGUUGUGGUUCACCAUGAUGUUGAUGCCGACAGGACCACCAGCUAUGAAACUGAUCACCCUUAUCCAAGUGAGUGACGCCGAGGACGAAGACGAGAAGAAUAUCGCGGAGCUAUUGACUGUAAGUACAGCAUUACCGGUUGUGACAAGGAGAGCAUUGAACUAA